AAGCCUCCCUGGGCCUCUCCAGGGUAUUCUUGAGCCCCGGCUGACAAAGACCAGGAAGAUCUGAGAUACCGGGAAACCUGUGACUGCCCAUGGGCUCCCUGAUGCUUCUCUUCGUGGAAACGACGCGAAAUUCCUCAGCUUGCAUCUUCCCUGUUAUUUUAAAUGAAUUAUCAUCAACUGUGGAAACUAUAACUCAUUUUCCAGAAGUUAAAGAUGGGGAGUGUGUCUUUCCAUUCCACUAUAAAAAUGGAACAUACUAUGACUGCAUCAAGUCCAAGGCAAGACACAAGUGGUGCUCGUUAAACAAGACCUACGAAGGAUACUGGAAGUUUUGCAGUGCAGAAGAUUUUGCAAACUGUGCAUUUCCCUUCUGGUACAGACGCUUGAUCUACUGGGAGUGUACUGAUGAUGGGGAAGCAUUUGGGAAAAAAUGGUGCUCACUGACCAAGAAUUUUAACAAGGACCGAAUUUGGAAAUACUGUGAAUGAUGGUUUGCUUGCAUCUGCUGGCUAUCAGAUACAGACAAAACAUGAUCAAUGCAUCCAGCAGUAAUAAUCUUCUUCCUGAAAGCCAUGGAUUCUUCAGCAGGUCAGAAUGGUCUGAUAUACAGUAACCCCCAAUUUUCUUAAUAAAAUAAAACUCUUUUUCUCCAGC